UUGCGCAGGCACGCGCGCUCCCCGAGUCUCUCCCGCCCAGGCCCCGGCUGCGCUUCCCCGGCCCGCUCUGCACCGCACCGCGAGGCGGGCGGGCCGCCAGGAUGCAGGUCCCGCACAAGGAGCACCUGUACAAGUUGCUAGUGAUUGGUGACCUGGGCGUGGGCAAGACCAGCAUCAUCAAACGCUAUGUGCACCAGAACUUCUCCUCGCACUACCGGGCCACCAUCGGCGUGGACUUCGCGCUCAAAGUGCUCCACUGGGACCCGGAGACCGUGGUUCGCCUGCAGCUCUGGGACAUUGCAGGUCAAGAAAGAUUUGGAAACAUGACAAGGGUCUAUUACCGAGAAGCCAUGGGUGCAUUUAUUGUCUUCGAUGUCACCAGGCCAGCUACAUUUGAAGCAGUGACAAAGUGGAAGAAUGAUUUGGACUCAAAGUUAAGUCUCCCUAAUGGCAAACCAGUAUCGGUGGUUUUGUUGGCCAACAAAUGUGACCAGGGGAAGGAUGUGCUCAUGAACAAUGGCCUCAAGAUGGACCAGUUCUGCAAGGAGCAUGGGUUUGUAGGAUGGUUUGAAACAUCAGCAAAGGAAAAUAUAAACAUCGAUGAAGCCUCCAGAUGCCUGGUGAAACAUAUACUUGCAAACGAGUGUGACCUGAUGGAGUCCAUUGAGCCUGACAUUGUGAAGCCCCAUCUCACAUCGCCCAGGGCUGUCAGCUGCUCCAGCUGUGCCAAAUCCUAGUAGCUCCUGGGCUGGCAUCUGAUGGAAGUCAUCUAAUCAUCUCAUGAAUUGUGUCUCAAUUCCUACCAUUUUGGGUCAGUGUCAGGAUAGAGAUACACCUGGGGCCAGCUAAAGCUCUAUGCCUGUAUCUUUCCUAUAAGAGAAACAGCAAAUGUUCUUUUUAUGUUUUUCUCAGCAUCAGCCCAGUGUUUACAAGCUUUUAAAAUAUUUAGUCUGUUACAAAAUUUCUGUCUUGUAGCUGGCCAUAAUUCUGCAGAGCCAGAGUCAGCCCUGUUAUUUGCUUCUCUGAAUCAGCUAAGGCCUCAGGUCUGAAAGAGAAAGAGGAGAAGAACAGACUAGCUGUCAAGUUAAGCGCCUUGGCUUUCACUUUGCCCCUGGUGUCUUUGUCCAGAUUUCAAUGCAUCCUCUGCUGGUCUGACAGGCCUAUUAAGUAGAAAUGGUAUUUUCUCCAGAGAUGACCUCCAUUCUCAACAGACCUAGAGUUGUGUCUGAUUUAGCUCUUCAGAGUCAUGUACACAGGCUGCCUAUGCCUUUGUUGCUUUUAUUGUCACUUGCCUUGCCCUGAAUGUUGGUUCAACUGAAAACUUUAUGAAAAGACUGCCCCUGGUAUGUGCCUUUCUGUUCGCUUUCUCUGACUCAAGCUGUGGGACUCUUCUGUACAUGUAAUAUAUAUUAUAUAUAUUUUCACAAGUGAAAAAUAAACCAUUAAAAGAUGCCGUUUCCUUACUU